UAGUAGUAAUUGUUAAGUUAGCAUCACCAUGGCACAUUACUUCUCUUUAGCUCUUAGUAGUAACUAUUAAAUGUGAUUGAGUUAAAAAAAAAAAAACUAUUAAAUGUGAUUUAUUUUAUUUUUAUUUUAAAAAUAAAAAUAGGAAUUGGAAGUUGGAACGCGUAGUAUCGAGCCCCAAGCUCCAUCGUUCUGAUCGAUCCCCGCCGUCGCCGUCGCAGUCGUACCAUUGACCUCCCUCCGGCGUCGCACUUUACCCAAACGGCGGUGCACCACCCAACUUACCGGUUACCCACUUCAUAGUUCCUGGGUAGCUGGGUGAGCAAUGGCGAUGGAGAUGGCUGGAAGAAGAUCACUUGCCUUCGCUCGUUCCACUUCAACCCCAUUCCUCAAUCUCAAACAAAAUCCAAACCUGCUCCACAUUCUCGCUUCUCCUCGCCAUUUCUCCCUAUCUUCUCCUUCUUCUUCAUCAGAGGAUGAUUGUGGCCAUUUCCAUGGAAAAUUUCACAAAUGGCAUAAUGGGGGUGGUGCUUUCCAUGAAUCAGCUUGCAUUGACUCCUCAGCUUUUGUAGAUGUUGGUGCUGUAGUUCAUUCAGAAUCUGUUGUUGGUCCAGAUGUUCGCAUUGGCUCUGGUACUGUUGUUGGGCCUUCUGUGAAUAUUGGUCACUCAACAAGGAUAGGGUUCAAUGUCUCACUUAGUAAUUGCUGUAUAGGUGAUUCAUGUGUAAUUCACAACGGAGUUUCCAUUGGUCAAGAUGGAUUUGGAUUUUAUGUGGAUAGUGAUGGUAAUAUGAUAAAGAAGCCUCAGCUGUUGAAUGUAGUAAUACGAAACCAUGUGGAAAUUGGUGCAAAUACAUGCAUUGAUAGGGGCAGUUGGAGAGAUACAGUUAUUGGGGACAAUUCAAAGAUAGAUAAUUUAGUUCAGAUUGGUCAUAAUGUAGUCAUUGGGAACAAUUGCAUGCUUUGUGGGCAAGUUGGGAUCGCAGGUUCUGCAACCAUAGGGGAUUAUGUGACUAUGGGAGGAAGGGUAGCUGUCCGAGAUCAUGUAUCCAUUGUAUCAAAGGUUCGGCUUGCUGCAGCAAGUUGUGUAACCAAGGACAUCAAAGAACCUGGGGAAUAUGGUGGCUUUCCAGCUGCUUCAAUUUACAAAUGGCGCAGAGAAGUUGCCAGCAGAAGAAGGAAUAUUUAAAGGUUGUGUUUGGAUGAAGGAUUUCAUAAUCCUAAGGAAAUUAAAUUGCAUCAAAAUUCAAUUUUAUAAUUUUCUAAACUUACUUGUUUUGUUUUAUUUUUAGAAUUAAAAUCUGAAAUUGUCCAUGCUUCCAUUGUUACGAAUUAUGUGAUAAGUCAUUUUUUCA